AUGACUACCACUUUAUCUCUGAAUUGGAAGAAAUUAAGUUCCAAACUUAACCAGGGAUCUAAGGUUACAAAACAGCCUGUGAAAGGAAAAAAUGGUAAAACCAAGAUAAAAAAAGCAGAGCUUGAAAACACUCUAAACAUAACUCCAACAUUACAGAAAUCAACACUUUCUCCAAUAGAAUUAGCUUUAUGGACAAAAGAGAAUGACAUAAAUGUAAGUGAUAUAGCAGUACAAACCGAGAAAAUUACAUUAAUACCCCAGGGCAACGAUAUCAGAAAAAAAGAACCAGGCAAAUAUUUAGCUAUGGACUGUGAAUUCGUAGGGGUUGGACCAGAAGGAACAGAAUCAGCCUUAGCAAGAGUUUCGAUAGUGAACUUCUACGGCCACACUGUUUUUGAUAAAUUUGUGAAGCCACGAGAAAGAGUUACAGAUUGGAGAACGUGGGUUAGUGGUGUGACUCCGAAGCACAUGAAUGAAGCUAUAAGCUUCCAAGAAGCCCAAAAUGAGACGUCUAAACUUUUAGAAGGUAGGAUAUUGGUUGGGCAUGCAAUACAUCAUGAUUUGGAUGCGUUGUUUUUAUCACAUCCGAAAUCAAGAAUAAGAGAUACAUCUCAAUAUAAGCCAUUCAGAAGCAUUUCAAUGGGCAAGACUCCAAGCUUAAAAAAAUUAUCACUGCAUUUCUUAAAAAUAGACAUUCAAGGCUCCGCUCAUUCGUCAGUUGAAGAUGCUAGAGCGACUAUGUUAUUAUUCAGAUUACAUAGAAAGGAAUUUGAACAAAGCAUUAGAACUCAAAACAGAAAACCUGAGAAAACAAGCUAA